UCUUGAGGCUGUUUUGUUUCCGGAAACGAAGAACAGAAAGAAGAAAUAGGAGGCUGUGCUCUUCCCGUUUUCAAAUCAUCAAUUAAACAAUCAAGUGUAUGAUGAUUGCUGUAAAUUCCGGUUAGUUGUCUAAAAAAAUUUUUUUGAAGAGAUUUUUAUAAAACUUGAAGCAUCUGUUAAAAAAUCUCCUCCUUAUCCACGAUACAAUAUUGGAUAAAAAAAUAUUGUGUAUGAAAAAAGAUCUAUUUUUGAGAUGGAAGAAAAUUCAGGUCAAUUAAUGAAGACUCACAUGUUUGAAAGCUUUCUACUUGAUAAAAGAGUCUUAUUUUAUCUAAUCAAAAUGAAAGACAGUCUAUUUCUCUGGAUUGGUGAUACUGGUGAUUUAGGCAGCCUAGCAGUAGCUAUGAAGACACCAUUUAAUACAUACCCAACUUCUUGUAACUUAAUUGGAAAUUUCUCUGAUGAUCAAAGUUGUUCCAUUGCUUCAAAACUAUGUAACAAAAUGGGAAAACAAGUGUUUGUGAGUUAUAAUGUCUCCAAGAAUGACAAUAAAAUGGUUAUGUCAGUUAUUGAAAGGAUAAUGGAAGAAUGGACUAUAAAUCCUAGCAUUUUUUAAAGUAGUUGAAUAAAAAAAAUUUUUACAUAUUUGCUAAAAAGAA